AGUCUGACAGUUUGCCACUGUUACGACAUAAAAUGUUUCAUUUGACCUGUUCCAAAAAAUGAGAAGAAUUUCAUAUGAAUAACGUGAAAUUCUUUCUUAAAUCAUCGUUUACGAAAUGUAAAAUGCCGCACUGGAGACCCGGGUGUCUCCGGGGGUCUGGUUACGAGACAGAUCCAAUAGAGUACAGGCCUGCUCAGAUCAACGGCUUCCCAAGUCAAAUUGAGGAUGUGCACGAUGAUCUAAGGUCCACAACUCUUGUUGACCUAAGAAAGCUGGAAGGCUGUGGUCUGGGACUGAUCAUUGCAGGUGGGAUAGACAAGCAUGUUAGACCUCAUAUUUCCAACCUGCGACCAGGGGGACUGGCACACAGGUCUGACCUGUUGCAAGUGGGUGACAUUCUGGUGUCUGUUAAUGGCAUCAAGACAAGCUCGCUACGACAUGAGGAGAUAAUCAACCUCCUCAAACACGCAGGGGACGUUGUGAGACUCGAGAUCGAGUAUGAAAUACCAGAACUAGUUCCUGACGAUGCGUUCUCCGUGUGCUGCAAGCAGCAUACCAUCACACUGGACACAGACAGCCCCAGUUACGGGUUCAUCCUGCGCGGGGGGAGUUGUCAGCUGAGACACAAGUCACGCCCACUCACAGUCACACAGAUACGCCCGGGCGGCGCAGCUGACAGAGAGGGCUCCCUGAAGCCUGGUGACCGGAUCCUGGCAGUGAACGACUUCAGCAUCGUGACCCUCAGUCUCACAGAGAUGAACAUGCUGCUGGCCCAGUGUAGUGGCGAGACAUCCUUCACUGUCGAGUAUGAUGUCUCAGUCAUUGACACAGUUACCAAGGCUACGGGGCCGCUGCUUAUAGAGAUUGACAAGACCCCAGGGGCGGGGCUUGGCCUUACCCUUACCCAGGCCAGACACAAAGGCAAGCCGUGUGUGUGCAUACAGACCAUACGACCCAUGAGUAUUGCAGACAGGUGCGGUGCCCUGCACGUGGGUGACCACAUUCUGUCUAUAGAUGGGGCCGGGGUGGAGCACAUGACCUUGGCAGAGGCAACACAGCUCCUCAAGUCCUCCCCCGGGGAGCAGGUCAAAAUGGAGGUACUGCCAGGGAAACUAGUCGAGAAAAAAAUGUCCACAGAUACAGUGUUCUUUAAUGCAGGCUUCCAAAAGAUGUCGGGCAUAAUUCCUUCCAUGUCCUCCCCUGUUUUAAACAACCCUAUGAUGUUCAAUGGUUCGACCCGUAGCUACAGCAUGAUGGGGUAUUCUGGGCGAUUAUCGUCAGAUUUGCUUGGUAAAAAGCGGAAAUCAUGGAUGAAAUCGGACCGGAAGAUUGAUAAGAGAAUGGGAGGCUCCACAGUGUCAGUGGCCUCUACAUCUACCUCAGUGUACACGGCCAGUACCCAGGUGUGUCGUAUGGAGGUCAACGAGGUCACACUGUACGGUGAGAGGCCCGGACUUGGUCUGGUUCUCGAGUCCACUGUUCUACCAAACUGCCUCCUGCAGGAUCCACCCAUCGUAACCAUGCUGGAGCCUAACACGGCUGCAGAAAGGUGUGGAGUGAUCCAUGAGGGAGAUCGCAUUCUGACAGUGAACGGUGUGGACUGCUGUGAGCAUACGCUAGAGGAGAUCAAUGCAAUGUUGAAGGAAUCCUGGCAGUUUGCCAAACUGGAGGUGGAGUUUGAUGUAGCUGACACUGUGAUGGCCAGUAGCGGAGUGUUCGUGGUGAAGCUGCCGCGGAAACAUGGAGGGAUAGGGAUAACAUUAAGUGCCAAAUCAAAACUCGGAAAUCCAAUACUCAUAACAGAGGUGAAGAAGGGAAGCACAUCAUAUAGAUGUGGAUCGGUGCUGGCGGGUGACAAGCUGGUCUCCAUCAACGACAUCCGCACAGACAACCUGAGUAUAGAGGAGGCUGCUGCCCUGCUGAAAGGAGACGAAGAGAUUAUCAAGCUCAAACUGAGAAGAGACGACCCGUGUACCGAUGUGAACGGUGAGGACCUGAUCUCCUACACGGUGGAGCUUGAGAGGCUUGGAGGGCCCCUAGGGGUCACCAUCACAGGCACAGACGACCCCUCUGACCCCAUCGUCAUCUCAGCACUCGUGGAAGGGGGGCUUGCUGCUAGAACUGGUGCAAUACAAGUGGGAGACCGGGUGCUUGCCAUUAAUGGUGCUUCCACGAUGGGUAAAACUUUGAGUGAAGCCACAGACCUGCUUCAAAACGCAGGCGAUCUAGUCAUGAUGAAAAUUGCCAGGAGAGAUAAACCAAGGUCAAUGAGUAUCGGCAGUACACAAACAAUCUGUGGUAGAGAAGAGGCCAGUAAGUCCAUCACUCCAGUGAAGUCCAUAGACAGUGCCCUGGAGUCCUGGGACAGCUCGGGCUCCCAUGGGCUGCACACCUUCUCCCAGCAGGGAGCACCACCUGGGCUCAAACCCCGGCCUGGGAGCAGCACGGUGUCCGGCCUCAGUCGGGAAAGCCGGAAACGUUCCCGGCCGUAUUCCUCCACAGACUCCAAUGACACAGGCGAUGAUUUCGGCAUGAAGAUGUCGGAGCUCCAGAUUUCAGACGAGGCCGAGGCAUGGGAAGGUGACCGAGAGAACAGCCGGACCGAGGAUGAUUCCAGUCCAGAGGAGAACGACUGGGUCAAGGCGUUCAGGAAAUUUAAGGCUCAAACUGACAUGAUUGAAUCUGGGACAACAGAAAAAAGACCAAGUACGGGCAGUCUGGACAGACGCAUGGUGAAAAACAGCGCGGCUAAGAAGGAGAGGCAGAAAGUGCGAAGGAACUGGUCGCAUAGCACAAGUCGAGGGGCCAGUAGCCAGAACGAGUUGAGACCGUAUGUUGUGGAUAGGAGACAACGACGGUGCGCCAGUACAUCGAGUCAUAUCAAGGAUAUAAACAAUAUGCCACUGACGGAUCAGCUGGCUUCAGUGAUGUCGCCGCAGUCUAUUCAGUUACACAGGGUAACGUUGUUGAAGGAAGCUUUGCAGGAGGACUUUGGGUUUGGUGUGUCUGACAGUGUAAACAGCAAGGGGGUGUACAUCAGUGCAAUACGACAGGGCUCUGUGGCAGAGAAAAUGGGGCUCAAACAGUAUGAUAGAAUCUUACAGAUCAACAAGAAAAGGAUACGAGAUAUUGACUGUAGCAAAGCCAUCCCAUUGAUAUCAGAGGCAGGGAACUGUCUGGACAUCGUCGUCUGCAGAAAUCCUCUUGCUCAGUCACAGAUGGCCUUCAAACAGCCCAAGGGCAAGAAACCCCUUCCUGACCCCCAUGGUAGCCGUGGGUCAUGUGACCGUAACAGCCAAUCCACUGACAGCAUUCCAGUGUACAUGAACGUUUAUGAUCUGGACACACCCAUUGCCAGAAGUGAAAAAUCGUGCAAAACCGUUUGAGAUUAUAUUAAUGUAGAUUAUAUUUAUGUAUCAUUUAUCAUGUUAAGGUAUUUAUUAGAGCUUACAUAGAAUUUCAUUCUAUACGUGCUAUUUUAGAAAUAUGAUAGUAUAUUUUAAUGAAAGCAUAACUUAAAGCUUUCACUGUAUGAAAAUAGGGUUAAUGUUAGUAGAGAAUGUUCAUGCAUAUGGCAAAACCCUAAUUCUUUCAAUUUUUUCUUGCAUUCCAAAGUUUCUUUUCUUUCUGUUGUUUAAGAUGUAGCAAUCUAUUACUCCAUGACUGGUCCCCAAAUUUUGUAUGACAAUGAAGUUGUUAUCCAGUAUUGAAUGCUCUUUUUCUGAGAUUUUUUGUUAUAUUUAAUCCUUGCUCUGGGAAAACGGGGCUUAAUGCAAGUCUCUUCUUAGAUAAAAUCCAGUCUAGGUGGAAAGUGUAACCCCAGAUUGGCCAGUGCGGACUACACAGUCUAAUCUGAGACGACUUGCACUGCAAAUGCAUUAAGCCCUGUUGUCCCAGAGUAGGGCUGGUUUGUUUUGGUUACCUCAUGCUUCUGUUACAGACAUGGUACAUGGUAGAAAUUGUAAAAUGAUAAACAAUAUGUGAUAUUUCUUUCCCAAAGUUCUCGUAUAUCGGCCAAAAAGUGUAAGUUGAUUGUGCCUAUUGCUGAAUAUCAGUUGUUUUCACACAUGGUAAUGUGUUCCUAAAUCUGAUUUUCGUGUUGGUGUAGUGACAAUGCUUAAAUGUAAAAAAAAUCUUUCUUAAAUUUCAACAGGACAUAUACCCAAUUAUGUAGAUUUGUUUUGAUAUUAAAAAAAUAUUAUAUUAAUAAAAGAAAUAUUGUUUUAACUAAAAAAUGAUGUUUGUUAAAGCUCGUCUUAAAUAAAAAAUACAGAAAUGAAAAAGUUUAUGGUAUCUUUUAAUGAAGCAUUAAAUGCAAUGUUAUUUUCCGAAAAAUGGAACGUUGACUAUCUAUUGAAAUAUUUUUAUAUAACUAUUAUGCUAAACUAUAUGACUUUACAGUUUUUAGUGGUUGAACAUUUUACAUAUAACUGUUGACAUUUAAUGUUAAAUUUCUAUAAAAGUUGUAUGCUAUAACAAAAUAGUAGUAAAUUUUUUGUAAUGAGUAUAGCAAUAUUUUGACACGGUCAAAAUAGUUGCAUACCAGUUGCAUUCUCAUAUUUUAAUUAAGAAUUUAUACACACUUUUGUCUGUCUGAUUUGUAACAAAUGAUGUUUUUCUCGUGCACACAUGAGUUUUUCGUGCCAUAUUUUUACAAAUCUACGCACUUAAUUGAAGAAUCUCUGGAUUGACUAUGUUAUAAAUUUGUAUAAACGAUUUUUCCUCAUACAAAUGAAUCAAUAUUGGUCACCUAACUGCCAUUACAUGAACUAAAUACUGUUGAAUAUGUUACACACAAUUCAAGUGAACAAAUAAAUAAAACCUCAUGAGGUUUAUGUUUUUCCUUUGGGUUUGUUCAGAUAUCAUGAGUUAGAAAAAAAUCAGGAUUUUGCUGGUGUUAUUUGUGAAGUCGUAAUGACAUAAGAACUGUUUGCUUUAAUGUCAUUGACUGGAUUCCCAGUGAUACUGUGGUGCUGUUUUUAUGAGUUAUGGGUGCUACUAUGAAUUUUUAGAUGCCAUAAAAGUAUUCCUCUGCCAUGAAGUAGAGCAAGUUAUACUGGAUCCACCAUGAAUGUCCCUCUGUCCAUAGACACACAAUUUUCCGACAAGGCACUCUUCGCAUUUCAACAUACAACAUUUAAUGUCUUUUUCCUUACAACGUGAUUUUGUGCCAAUUCAAUUUUGAUUAUUCUUAGGUAAAAAACUUCAAAAGUAAUGCCCCUUUUAAGCUAAACAAUUCAACAAUAGCUAUGCUACUCCUCUUAAUUUUUAACAAAGACCUUUAUAGAGGUUUUCCACGUCAUUGUUUUGAACAUGCGUAAUGCUCUGAUUAAGGAAAAGUCUUUUAUCGUUUGUCAUUUGACAAAGAGGAUUUUUAUACCUUGAAGCGACUACCACAUUCUCCAUUUCUUUGCGACUAAUAACCAUUACUCGUAAAAAUGCUGUUUACAAUCAGUGACUUUCCUUUGUCUAACUGCAUCAUAAUUUGUUAUUUUCAUAUCUCUGUCCAUUCCUCCCAUUAUUAAUGAAAGUGCAUUGUGUAGUAUCAAAUUGACUUUCAUCUGUGCUGAACCUAGCUGAAGUGUAAUAUACAUACCUCAAUAAUACGGAUAUUAAAUAUGCUUGAAAUAAAUCUGUACUUGUUUAGAUUUGAUUAUAUACAUAUUAUUAUUUAUAACAUAUGUAUAUCGUUAUUGUAUAACAUCACAUUUGUGAUUUGCCACUUUGUCAUUUACUCACUUCAAUAAAAACAAUUCAUUGAUAUUCAGUUUUGAUGGAUACUUAGUUUUAAUGUAUGAUCGUAAUGCAUCACUAAAGUAUUGUCCCAGAUUAGCCAUGCAGAUUGCACUUAAGAGAUGACACUUUCCGCGAAAAUGUAAGUUUUUGUUGACAGGAAGUACUUUCAUUUUGAAAAUCCAAUUUAGAUGCAAAGUGUCGGUCCUUUGCAGACUAUACAGGCUCAUUUGGGUUGACACUUUACGUACCUACAUUUAGCCAUGCAGACUAUACAGGCUCAUUUGGGUUGACACUUUACGUACCUACAUUUAGCCAUGCAGACUAUACAGGCUCAUUUGGGUUGACACUUUACGUACCUACAUUUAGCCAUGCAGACUAUACAGGCUCAUUUGGGUUGACACUUUACGUACCUACAUUUAGCCAUGUAGACUAUACAGGCUCAUUUGGGUUGACACUUUACGUACCUACAUUUAGCCAUUUUUUUCCAAAUAGAGGCUAAUAUUUAGAAAGGUUCUAUGAAUAUUUCAUAUGUAAUACAAUAAGGUGUCUAUCAAACCUCAAAUUGAACGAGUCAAACAUUUUUCCCCAUAUGGUUACAUAACUUGAACACAACAUGACCAUCUGUAUGGACAACAAAAUACUAUAUAUGCUAGCAAAACAUUGUUCUACUAUAUAAUGUACUCAAUAUUUCUUAUUGUUAUAAAAUUGUGUUUUUUUACUGCAGGGUCAUAACUAUCAAAACAUUUCUUUAUGUUGAUAUAUGCACUUGAGCCUGAAUAUCAAAUUAUUGGCAUUACUUUGAUGUUGAAUGUACCUGUUAUAUCUACACACAAGAUCUGUAAAACAUGUAUGCAUGUAUAUAAGUAAUUGUGUAAUUAAAGAUAUUUUUAGAUAUCAAUGAUUAUCUCAAAACCCCUGUCUAUAACUAUAUUGCAAAUACCGGUAUGUACAUUUAUUUUAUCAUGGAUUGUUAUAUACAAUAUUUGUACAUUUAUUUCUGUAUCUUGAGAUGUUGGUUGUUUUUUAUUUGUUUCUACAUCCUGUUUAUUUGUAUGAACUAUUAUAUGUGUUAUUACAAACUGGUGAACCAAUUUUCAAGAGUAAUAAAACACCCAAUAACC